CGAAAUAUUUCGUUGAGGGGUAAAAACUUCAAAACAAAAUCAUCUGUCUGGCAAAAAUAAAAACAAAGUUUAGCAGAACAACAUAACGUAACACAACAUGCAAAGAGUUUUCUUUUUAUUGUUAAUUUUAAUCCCAAAUCUGGAAGCAAGUGAAUUCAAAGGACUUCAAUUUCUUGUGAAUAUUCUAAUGGGAAAUAUUAAUCCAAGGAAUAGCAAUGAAGAAACAGUCCAACAUCAGAAUAUUGAUUUGGGUAGACGUCAAACGAAUUUUUCAUUUAUAGACUACAUUAGUUUGGAUCAAAGAGAAAAGAAUAUGUGUCCGGUACCAGAAAAUUAUCAGGGACAUCAAAAUGUAGAAUUGAAUGAUGAGCAUAAGGCAAAGAAUGGACAUGUUAAGUGCAUCAAUAAAUCAAUUGAAAGCGGAACAGUCGGAACAGUACAAAUUAUGCAGUCUAUGAAAGAAAUUGCAACACUUCUAUCACCACAUGGGAAUAAUACCAAACGCAAUCAAAUUGGAAAAUGCGUUGUAAUCCUGUUUUAUACGCGCUCAUGUCCGGGAAGUGUUAUGGUUGGACCCCAUUAUGUAGCACUAGCCAAGAUCUUUCCCCACAUGACAUUUGCUGCAAUUGAUGCCUUCAAGUUUAGCAGUUUGAACACCGAAUUCGGGAUAAUUGGCUUACCAACUGUGAUGCUCUUUCAUCAGGGACGUCCUGUAAUGCGUUUCAACGAUACUCAAUCUACAGUUAAUAAUUUUAUAUCAUUUAUCCUGAAAUACACCGAUAUGAGAUCACCUUUAGUGCAUAAUGCAUAUGUAACAUCAGAAGACUUCAAUGGACCUCUUCCUAGUAAGGUGGAAUAUGAUACAGAUUACUAUCUGUACUUAGCCUGGAUCUUUAUCAUUCUCUGUGCCACCUAUCACUUUACAAAAUCUCACCUAUAUUCACAAAUUAUUGAGAUGAUCAAGAGGAAUUGGCGUGAGUCAGAAGCUCAAACAGAACAGGAUUUACGUUAAAUCUAUUCUCUUUGUAAUGUUACUUAGAGGCUAGAGAAGUCUUCAUUCAUACCGUCAGUACCAAUGAAAUGUAAAUAUGAAAAAAAAUAUUAAAUAAUAAAGAAUUGAAUAAAAAAAAAA